AGAUUCCAUCUUCCAUUACCAUCUAUAAAAAAUUGACAAUCCAUACAAAAAAGCUUUGAUCUUGCCCUCCAUAUGCCUGACCAAUCACCAUUCUUAACCACUUCAUCAGAUAUUAUUGAAUCUUGGCUGCUUCUCCCCCUGUAACCCCCACCAUCUUCCUUCUUCAAUGCUGGCCCCCCCUCUCUACAUGUUUCUGAGGAUGCCAAGGCCUGGACCGAGACCGUUUGAAUGUGUGAGAAGAUCUUGGCAUAGUGAUAGACACCAGCCACUUAGAGGGUCCAUUAUUCAGCAGAUUUUUAGACUUGUACAUGAGAACCAUAGUCCUGGUACUAAGAAGAACAGAGAAUGGCAAGAGAAGCUGGCUGUUGUUGUGUUGAAAUCCGAGGAGAUCUUGUACUCUAAAGCGAAUUCCGAGGCCGAGUAUAAAGAUCCGGAAACGCUGUGGGAUCGUUUGAACGAUGCCAUUGACACCAUAAUAAGGAAAGACGAGACCACGGAAACCGGUGACUUCUUGCACCCUUGUGUUGAAGCUGCCCUUAACUUGGGCUGUAUCCCCGUAAAAUCAUCGAGAAGCCAAAGAAACGCCAAUACCAUGAGCUACCUAAGCCCAAGAAAACAAGAUUCUGGUCCAAACACGCAAAACGUACCAAAUGUUCGAAGACCACCAGAUGGUGCGAGUCAAACGCAUACAUUUUCCGAAACUAAUAACGAUACAAGACCGGUUUACAAUGUUGCAGGCUCCUCCUCCUCGUUUUAUCCUCAAAAUGUUCCUAGACAAAUGAUGUCAUUUGAGAAUAGAUCAUCAUCUUCUUCGGUUUAUCCAUUAUACCACGGUUUCCAUAUUCAACCGCAGCAAAUGGGAUUCGAUAAUGCUCACCGAAAACCAAACAAUAUAAUUCUUGGAAAACCGGUUUUUCAAGCCGCAGCCUCUGGUUCUCAAACGGGUUGUCAAGAAAGAUCGUUUUUGUUUGAGAAAGAUGGCAACGGUUCAAAGAAAGAGUCUAGACCCGAAUUGGUGGAAUGUGAUUUGUCUCUAAGGUUGGGUCUUGUAUCAAGUAAUGAAAAAAGGUUGACUUUUGGGGAUGAUGUUGACCCGGGUCCAAGAAGCAAGGAAUUUUCGUUCUUUCCUUUGAGUUCAGAGGUUGAAGAAGGUGGGAAUAUGAUGACGGAUGUUAGGAAACGAAAAACAGUAGGGGAAUCGCAGAGUUUUUUGCAUUUUGAGCGGGAUUUUGACCGGAUUAAUGACCGAAUGAAAAGACAAGGUUUGUAGAUAUGGAGUUUCUUAUGCAAUGAAAUGAGAAAGAAGUCUUUGAUUACGCGUUUUUAUGAAUAUGUUUCAUAAAUUUGCAGUUUUCUGAAGCAAAUCCCAACUGAUUUUCUUGAUUAUAUAGCCCCGACCUCAAGAUUUUCAUUA